CGGGGCACACGUGACGCCAGUCGCGCCCAAGCAGCGCCCCCUAAGAGCAGUGCGCAGGCGUGCGCAGGCGCGCUGGGCAGAGGAGGCGGCGAUGGCGGGGGUCGAUUCCCCACGGCGACUCGCGAUGGGGCGGCGGGCGUUGCUGCUGGUCGUGCUGUGCGCGGUGGGCGUUCGGGGGCUCUACUUCCACAUUGGCGAGACCGAGAAGCGCUGCUUUAUCGAGGAAAUCCCCGACGAGACCAUGGUCAUCGGGAACUACCGCACUCAGAUGUGGGACAAGCAGAAAGAGGUCUUCCUGCCCUCGACCCCCGGCCUGGGCAUGCACGUGGAGGUGAAGGACCCUGAAGGCAAGGUGGUGCUGUCCCGGCAGUACGGCUCCGAGGGCCGCUUCACCUUCACUUCCCACACCCCCGGGGACCACCAGAUCUGCCUGCACUCCAACUCCACCAGGAUGGCGCUCUUCGCUGGUGGCAGACUGCGUGUGCACCUGGACAUCCAGGUGGGGGAGCAUGCCAACAAUUACCCUGAGAUCGCGGCGAAGGACAAACUGACGGAGCUGCAGCUCCGAGCCCGCCAGCUGCUCGACCAGGUGGAGCAGAUCCAGAAGGAGCAGGACUACCAAAGGUAUCGUGAGGAGCGCUUCCGUCUGACCAGCGAGAGCACCAACCAGAGGGUCCUGUGGUGGUCCAUCGCUCAGACCGUCAUUCUCAUCCUCACAGGCAUCUGGCAGAUGCGUCACCUCAAGAGCUUCUUUGAGGCCAAGAAGCUGGUGUAGUGUCCUCCCCGUGUGACCCUUCCCUCUCACCGCGGUUAUUUGGUUCUUACCCCCCUGGCUUGUGAGGGGAAAAAGGGAAAAAGAAUACAGACCACAUUGGUUCCCUGUAACAAAGCGUCCCAAUCAGCCACUUGUUAACACUGGUUCUCAAGGACAUAGGACAUUGGUCCGAGAUUUCAGAAAUGUCCUGGGGUUUGUGCACAGUCAGAACCGACCCCGAGCUACAUCUUGCUUCUUCGGCCUCCACUGACUUCCUCUCCAUCCUGUCGCAAAACGAGCAGAUGACCAGUCUGUCCCGUGACUCGUCUUCGUCUGCCCACGCAGUGGGCGCCGGACAUGCCCUCCCGAGGAGGCCCGCCUCCCUGACCCCUGCCAGCCCUGGGUUCACUCAGCGGCUCUGUGAAUGUAAAUACGGGGCCGAGGCCCUAGAGGAUUGAAAAGUUUUUCUAUGUAUUAGAACUAUUUUUUGAUAAAUUAUAUAUUUUCCUUCCUAGUUGAAGUGCUGCUGCCUGUGUGACUAGCUGAACACCAGAGCAGCCUGCCCGCGUUCUGAGUUCCCACGUUUUUGGUGACCGCUGUGGCAGCUCUCGGAGUUCAGCGGUCUGUGGGCCAGGAAGCAGGCGUCCCAGCUGCGGUCCAGGCUCACCCGAGGGCCGAGCAGAGACCCCCUGGGACACCCGAGGGCUCCAUCACGGGGCCUCGGGAAGAGCGCGGGCGUGACAGCACGCACAGGGCAGGGCGCUGCAGCCCUCCCACUUCCCUUGCCCUUUAUUUAAGCUGUGGUGACUGUUUUCAUGGAACCAGGGUGGGUUCUUCACACAGACUGUUCCAGUGAAAUAAAAUGUGUUGUACUAGC